AUGGGUUCUGUGAUGUUGGACUGGAGGCUAUCAUGUCUUCUUCUGCAGGCAGCUGUUUUGCUGCUGCUCAGCAAGGGGGAGAGGAUGUGCCCUGCGAGUUGUCGCUGCGAAGGGAAGAUUGUUUAUUGCGAGUCGGGCAUCUUCCAAGGCAUCCCAGAAAACAUCACCACGGGAUGCCAAGGUUUGUCUCUGCGCUACAACAGCCUGCUGGUUCUGUUGCCGUACCAAUUCGCUCACCUCAAUCAGCUUAUCUGGCUUUAUUUGGACCACAACGCCAUCAAAGAUAUAGAUGCUUUAGCUUUCCAUGGUGUGCGCAGGCUCAAAGAACUCAUCCUCAGCUCCAACAAAAUAACUCAUCUGCACAAUAACACAUUCAGCGCAAUACCAAACCUGCGAAACCUGGACCUGUCCUAUAAUCAGCUGCAGUCUCUGCAGCCAGGGCAUCUUAAUGGUCUGCGCAAGCUACAAAAUCUCCACCUUCGGUCCAAUGGCCUGAAGCAGAUCCUCAUCCGUACUUUUCUUGAAUGCCGCAGCCUGGAGUUUUUGGACUUGGGUUACAAUCGUUUGCGGAGCCUUACCCGCACAACGUUCUUAGGGCUGUUCAAGCUGAAAGAACUUCAUUUAGAGCACAAUCAAUUUUCCAGGAUUAAUUUCUUCAUUUUCCCGCGCCUUACCAACCUGCAGGCUCUAUAUUUGCAAUGGAACCGCAUACGAUCCAUCAAUCAAGGCGUGCCUUGGACCUGGCACAAACUCCAGAAAUUGGACCUGUCAGGGAAUGAAAUCCAAAUGUUGGACCCGAUGGUUUUCCAGUGUAUGCCGAACUUACAAAUACUCAACCUUGAAUCGAACAAGCUCAGCAGCGUGCCUGUGAAGGCCGUGGCAGCGUGGACCUCACUGACCACUGUCAGCCUGGCAGGUAACGCCUGGGACUGCAGCCCCAGCAUCUGCCCUCUCAUGGGAUGGCUCAAAAACUUCAGAGAUCCUAAAGACAUCAGUAUGAUAUGCAGCAGCCCCAAGUCUGUGCAGGGCGAAAGAGUCGUGGACGUGGUGAAGAAUCACUCUACGUGUGUGGACCUUUCUAAUGUUUUCUCAACCACUUCUCUCAUCGUUCUGACGUCCACUCAGGUUGUGAACAUCACAGCUGACCCUGACCUCACAACAGACCCUGGUUCUGAUGCGACAGAUGGAAAGACAACAGAGGCCGCAAACAUGAGCUCCACAUCGGCCAUCUCUCCUGAACCCCCUACAUCAUUAAUCCCAGAACUACACUUUGAACAUAUGGCUUUCCAUAAAAUCAUUGCAGGCAGCGUAGCCCUGUUCCUGUCAGUGGCAUUGAUCCUCCUGGUUAUUUAUGUCUCGUGGAGGCGCUACCCCAACACCAUGAGGCAGCUGCAGCAGCACUCAGUCAACCAUAAGCGCAGGAAAAAGGCCCGUAAGCAGGAGCAGGACCUUAACUCUCAGCUGCAAGAGUACUAUCUGAGCUACCAUUCCAACUCGGAGACAAUGGACUCUUUGGUGAAUGAGUCAAGGCCGUGCACGUGCACCAUAUCAGGAUCCAUCGAAUGUGAGGUCUGA